GUGCCAUCCCAAAUGCAAAGUUCAGUGCGUGCAAAAUGGCAAGCAGGCACUGUCGGCGCCUGGGCCCGGCUGGCAUUCGCCGGAUUUUGCCGGGCUGCAGGGCAAACCAUUCGCGGCCUGCAGCCUCGUUGAAGCGGGAGUACGAUGCUGUCGUGAUCGGGGCAGGACACAAUGGACUAGUAGCUGCUGCUUAUCUGCAAAAGGGAGGGUUGAAAACAGUAGUGCUGGAGAGAAGAUACAUUGUGGGAGGCGCUGCAGUCACUGAAGAAGUCAUCCCAGGCUUUCACUUCUCCAGAGCCUCUUACCUGCUCAGUCUGCUGAGACCCCAGAUUUACACUGAGCUGGAGCUGAAGAAACAUGGCUUAAAAGUGCUUCUACGUGACCCCCAUUCCUUCACUCCAAUCCUGGAGGACAGCCAGGGUGGGCAAGUUCCUCGCUCGCUGUUGCUGGGGAACAACAUGGCUGAGACACAGAAACAGAUUGCCCAGUUCUCCCUAAAGGAUGCCCAGGCUUUUCCCAAGUAUGAGGCGUUUAUGAACCGCUUGGUGACAGCCAUUGACCCUCUACUUGAUAUCUGUCCAAUGGAUGUAGCUGCGCUCACCCAGGGCUCCUUGCGUCAGCGAUUCAGGGCCUUGGUGGGGUUGAGAGCCCUGUUCCGUGCGGGAUUUGCUUUGGGAAAACAACUUCCACAGUAUUAUGAGGUUCUCACAGCUCCCAUUUCCAAGAUUUUGGAUUUCUGGUUUGAAUCAGAGCCCUUAAAAGCAACAUUGGCCACAGAUGCGGUGAUUGGUGCCAUGGCUGGUCCACACACACCAGGCAGUGGAUAUGUUCUGCUGCACCAUGUCAUGGGAGGAGUAGAGGGGCGCAAGGGUGCCUGGGGUUAUGUGUCUGGUGGCAUGGGGGCACUUUCCAGGUCCUUGGCUCGUGCUGCAACUACAUUUGGGGCUGAGAUCUUUACUGAUAAGGCAGUUUCCCAGAUUCUCCUGAGUUCUGAUAAGAAGGUUCAAGGAGUUUGUCUCCAGGAUGGAACUGAAGUGAAGAGCCACUUGGUGCUGUCCAAUGCAUCUCCACAUCAGACCUUUUUGGAGCUGACUCCACAAGAGCAUCUGCCCUUGGAGUUUGUACAAAGAAUCUCACAGUUUGACACACGUUCUCCAGUCACCAAGAUCAAUGUGGCUGUGGAUCGGUUGCCCAAUUUUCUGGCAGUCUCAAACACUACCAGCAACGACCCCUUGCCCCACCAUCAAUGCUCCAUCCAUCUCAAUUGUGAAAACACUCAUGCCUUGCACCAGGCCUUUGAAGAUGCUUGCAAUGGGAGGCCCUCGAGAAGGCCCAUGAUUGAGAUGUGCAUUCCAUCGGUCUUGGAUCCUACCCUGGCUCCCCCAGGCUGCCAUGUGAUUUCACUUUUUACCCAAUACACCCCCUAUUUGCUUGCCGAAGAAAAACAGUGGGACUCCCGUGACCGAGAGGACUAUGCCAAUCAAGUAUUUGACAGUGUUGAAGCCUAUGCACCUGGGUUCAAGGCAUCCAUCAUUGGCAUAGAUGUUUUAACACCUCCAGACCUUGAGCAGAUCUUUGGCCUACCUGGUGGGAAUAUAUUCCAUGGAGCCAUGUCUUUGGAUCAGUUAUAUUUUGCCCGACCAGUGCCAUCUUACUCCAGUUACCAGUCUCCAAUCCAAGGCCUAUACCUCUGUGGAAGCGGUGCUCAUCCUGGAGGAGGUGUGAUGGGAGCAGUGGGACGCAAUGCUGCUAGAGUAGCCUUGGAGGAUUUCAAGAAUCUCUGAACCAAUAGGAUGAUUUACUGCAUUGGCUCAAAAAGAGAGAAAUCUGGGCAUUCUCCAACCCAAGCCUUUGAAAUGAACUCUCUUACCUUAGCAUUUGGGGGCCUGUUUUACUAGCGUCCUUUCAUAUUUUUUCAUCACAAAUUAUUCAAUAUACCACUACGAUACAUUUCUCCUGGAGUAGCAUGGUCACUAAGCAAGUAAGAGCCACUGCUGCUUCAUGUGGGACACAAAACAUGCUAUGAACACAAUGGCUGAGCUUUUCUGGCAAAUUUGUUUCAACUUUAUAAUCAACUAACAUGCUUCCCAUGUUGUAUUAUUUAACCAGGAGUUUGUCCCUCUAUCUUGUUCAACAACUUAUUCAUCUUCUUUGGAUCAUUGAAGGAAUGCACACAGCUUAUAGUUCUCCUGUAGUUAGAGGAACGCUUAGAGCCAUGCAGGAAGGAGAGCCCACGGGGUAGCUUUCUCUCCGGUUGAAUAAGCCAAUUAUACUGAGGUUCGUUUAGUUCAGAUUGUCUUGGACUGCUCUUUAGCAAUUUCUUUUCUUCCAAAACUCCCAGUGGUGCUAUUUAUCUUGCUUUUUGCUUCUUGACCUGUGAAAAUACGGCCAUUCUGAAAUGCUGCUCCUGAGAACCAGUUUAUAACAUAGAUGAUGAGUCAUGUUUUCCAGAAGAUCAAAACCAAGGCCAGUUUGUUACAAAAUCACCUCAGCAGAGGGUUAAGGAGAGUCUGCUGCCAUUCAUGUCAUCUAACCUUGUGCUCCCCAUCCAAAGCCAGAUAUGCCUGACUGAGCCAGCGUCCCAAAGAGUCAUAUUUCUCACUAGCAAAAAGCAGCUGCUUGCAAACACCUCUCUGCAAUCUGACUGCAAAUCCAGUCAGGAAAUGGCCAGAAGCCAGCUGCCCUUGCUGAUUCGGCCUCGGUUGGAUUUUCUGCACCAGCUAAUCUCAGUCACAAAGCAUGGGAGCCAGAAUACUUGGCUGCUAUCCGUUCCAUUCCAUUGAAAUCAGUGGGAAUAAAUCAGUUUAAAUCUAAUACUCCACCUCAGUUUUCCACAUGGAUUGCAAGCAAAAUGUGUUGACACAGUGAGGAAUGUCAGUAGCUCCCCUCCCUGUAUGUGAUGAAUGAAUUUCAUAUGAAGAACUGACGAUAAAAUCAUUGCCUACUAGAAAAUAUCCAGAGAUUAAUAAAGAGUUUGAAAAACGCC